GAGCUGCCUGGAAUUUAGUUCUCAUUGCUGAGGGAGGACAGCACCGCCUUGCGAAAAACACACUUGAUAUGCGUUUGUGAAGCUUUUUAAAGAGGAUAAGUGACGGUAUUCAGCCUAUGAGUGUGGAGAUUUGAAGCUCCAGAAACGCGCUUUUGAGCAUGGGCGGUGUUACCCGUCUGCGUGCGUCCAGAGGAAAGCAGAAGCUUUCAUACGGGGACAGAGAGCUCGGGGGCUCAAUGCAGACUCGGGAAAUAAGUCGACUGCAUGCAUGAAUUCGGUUUCACAGCUGGAGAUUUAAUCAGCGUUUAAAAAAGCAAAUUCUCAACUCUGCUUUCUACAAAUAUCACCGGAAUGUGGUGGAGCAUCCGGAGCUAAAAGUGACCCAUGAGUACGGGCAGCGAGCCUCUCCUCCUGGGCUGGAGAAGGGCCAGCAGGUCGGGGCAGGCUCGGCUGUUGGAGGACUAAAUAAAAGGGGAUCAUUUGAGGGAACAGUCUGAUUAUCUCACCGCCGGGGAACAAGCGCAAUGUGUGGACCAAUCGUGGGUCAAGCCGACCCCUUCACCGCAAGUUCCCUAACGCUGGCUGGCUUUAGGUUACUGCCUUCUAAAUGUCCCGCCUCUCUUUAGGUGAGACACAUAAGACACUGACAUCCACCUGUUUCCACCGACAUGGAUAAACUCACCGUGAUAUCAGGAUGCCUCUUCCUCGCUGCAGACAUCUUUGCCAUCGCCAGCAUCGUCAACCCGGACUGGAUCAGCACAGGAGGAUCAGCUGGCUCUCUGACUGUGGGUCUGGUCCGCCAGUGCCAGACCAUCCACGGCCGAGACCGGACCUGCAUGCCCCCGCAGCUGCCCCCAGAGUGGAUCACCACGCUCUUCUUCAUCAUCCUGGGCAUCAUCUCCCUCACCGUCACCUGUGGUCUGCUGGUGAUGUCACAAUGGCGCCGCGAGGCCGCCCGAUACGCCCGAUGGAUUGCCUUCACAGGGAUGGUCCUGUUCUGCAUGGCUGCUCUCAUCUUCCCCAUGGGCUUCUACAUCAACGAGGUUGGAGGACAGCCAUAUAAGCUCCCCAACAACACAGUGGUGGGCUCCUCCUACGUACUCUUCGUUCUGUCCAUAUUCUUCACCAUAGUGGGACUGCUGUUUGCUGGGAAGGUAUGCCUGCCCGGCUGACUUCUUCCUCUCUUUUUAUAGAGAAACACCACUAUUGGAGGCUUUUUAUUUUGCAUCGACUCUUUCCUGGCAGUGUUGAAAGUAGAGUGAGGUAAAUCAAAACUGUGGAGCACCUGUGUGUGUUUUCCUUUUGGAUGAAUUAUCACGGGAGCCAAAAUCGCUGCGUUCCAUCCGAGACUGGGCAGGCACAGAGAGUUCUUAAAUGGCCUCCAUCAUUGUCAUUCUGAACGAUGAAUGUGAAGUGAUUCUGAACUGUAUUAUCCGUCGUCAUCCUCAUUCUAUCAACCAUGAUGCACAUAGACUGACAUGGCCUGAUGCAAGCCAAAACACCAAAUAUCCGCCGGUCACCUUCAAUAUGAUGGAGGCCCUUCCCUGACCACAGCUACAUGAAACAAUCUGUAAAAUAUACAACGUUUCACUUAUUGGCACAUUUUAUUUAUUUGAUUAGUUUUUUUUUUUGUAAAAGUAUUUUUGAAUAAAAUGCCUAUCCCAGAGUUCCCCUGCCAAUAACACUAUAUGUGUGGUGGAUCACUUUGCCUUAAAGGGCUUUUAACCUUAUAUAAUUAACUAUAUUGUUGAGUUGUAGGGUCUUGGGAUUAAUUCUAGAAUUCUGGAUACAUUAAAUGAUUUAGCCAUAGAUUUAGCAUAAAAACCCCAAAACUGGAAUGUAAAAUGGACUUUCAGGCAACAUCUGUCCAAAUUGAUCACUAUGGGGGUGAGUAAUGAAAAGUUGUAUCCAGGCAGAUGAGCUGGUCUCUAUGAUGCUGUUGAGAUAAACCUUCAACAGUAUGGAUCAGCUUUGUUCUUUUUAGUGAUGUAGUGAAUGUAUUAUUCACCUUUCUGAGCAUUUCCUGUUGUUUAAACACUGUAUCAUGCAACGACUGAAUAUAUGAAUAAUUUGUUUCCUAUAAUUGAGACAAUGUCAAUUUCAUUUCUGGAUAGUCAGUCUGUCAUUUCCUAGAAGCACUGUGAUGUUCUUGAAGGAGCAUGGAAGAUCUCAUCCUAUUAAAAAAUGAGUUAUUGGAAGACA